ACUCUAGGUAGCAACAUUCAACAAGUUGCCACUUAUCUUCACACUUUGAAUCAAUAAUGGAUUCUAUCCAAAUAUAUGCUGCAAUCUCUCUUGUAACUCUUUUCUUUCUGGUUUGGCUCCGGCGGAAACCUCUUCCGCCGGGGCCAAGGGGUUGGCCCAUCAUCGGCAACAUGCUGAUAAUGGACCAGCUCACCCACCGUGGCUUAGCCAAGUUGGCUGAGAAAUACGGUGGCAUCCUCCAUCUCAAGAUGGGAUUCAGCCACACCAUUGCGGUGUCGUCCCCAGAGAUGGCCCGCCAAGUACUUCAAGUUCAAGAUCACAUAUUUGCCAACCGUCCGGCCACCAUCGCCAUCGCUUACCUCACUUAUAACCGCGUGGAUAUGGCGUUUGCGGACUACACUCCCUUCUGGCGACAGAUGCGGAAAUUGAGUGUCAUGAAGUUGUUUAGCAGGAGACGGGCAGAAUCUUGGGAUUCCGUCCGUGAUGAGGUGGAUUCCAUGGUGAAAUCCACCGUCAUCAACUCGGGCACCGCGGUAAACUUGGGUGAGCUCGUAUUUGGGCUCACCCAUGAUAUUAUUUACCGUGCGGCUUUUGGGUCCAUAUCUCAUGAAGAUAAAGAGGAGUUUAUUAGAAUCCUACAAGAAUACACAAAGCUGUUUGGCGCAUUCAACUUGGCUGACUUCAUUCCAUGGCUCGGGUUCAUCGACCCGGCUGGGUUGAAUACCCGUUUACCCGCUGCACGGGCCGCAUUAGACGGUUUCAUCGAUAAGAUCAUCGACCAGCAUUUGAGCAAGGAGAAGAAAAACGGAGAUGAAAAUGCGGAAAGCGACAUGGUUGAUGAGAUGUUGGAGUUUUACAGUGAAGAAGGAAAAGGCAACGAAGCGGAUGACUCGCAAAACGCCAUUAAGCUGACCCGAGACAAUAUCAAAGCUAUAAUUAUGGACGUUAUGUUUGGUGGUACGGAGACAGUGGCUUCUGCUAUAGAAUGGGCCUUGACCGAGCUGAUGCAUACACCGGAAGCGCUAAAAUCCGUGCAACAAGAGUUGGCUGAUGUCGUUGGUCUUGACCGUCGGGUCGAAGAAUCCGACUUGGAGAAGUUGACGUACUUCAAAUGUGUUGUCAAAGAGACGCUUCGUCUACACCCUCCUAUCCCGGUUACCCUCCACAAAUCAUCGGAGGACACAAAGGUUGCGGGAUACCACAUCCCGAAAGGGUCACGUGUUAUGGUCAACGUGUUCGCCAUCAACCGCGAUAAGAGCUCUUGGGAAGAUCCUAAUACUUUCAACCCGUCUCGGUUUUUGAAAGAUGGGGCUCCGGAUUUUAAGGGAAGCAACUAUGAAUUUUUGCCUUUUGGUUCUGGCCGAAGGUCGUGUCCUGGAAUGCAACUUGGGUUAUACGCGAUGGAGAUGGCGCUAGUGCACCUUCUUCACUGCUUCAAUUGGGAGUUGCCUGACGGAAUGAAACCAAGUGAAAUCGACAUGAGCGAUGUGUAUGGACUCACCGCACCAAAGGCAAUACGACUUGUUGCGGUACCAACACCACGUCUGUUAUGUCCGUUGUACUAAUUAAGAUGGUCCUUUACGUAAUUUAUUUUUCUUCGCCUUUGAUAAAAUCUGUACGAUAUGUUGAAAUUCAAUAACAAAAAAUCGAAGUUUUCUUCUAUACCA